GCCAUUUCGGGGUACCGUGUAAAACCACAGUGCGGUGCUACACUUGUAGUUUGCUGCAAUUUUGUAACUUGUGCGUGCAUUUUCGGUCCCAACAUCAGUCGAAUCGCUGUGGUACAUUGGUUUUCGGUUUCUUGGCGUCAACAAAAUACGCUCGAAAAUAGCGUUCGUUAAGCGGUAGAAAAAGCAGUGAACCUGGCAGCCGCCAUCUUGAGCAGCAGUGUUGCAGUGCGGUACAAACGAUAAUCUUCACCAAAAACAGUCGAGGACAGCGGAGUCGCGCUGCUUGCAAACGGCGAGCCGGCUUUCGAACUGCACUAGUAGGCGGUGCAUUUCGAAACGUUGGUCCCGAUAAAUAUCCGUCGCAGUUGCCAUUGAUUGGCGGGCACCGACAUUAUUUCUGUAACUGCGUUCGCGUUCGACGUUUGGCGGUUGGAAUUGGUGGAUUUGUUUUUUUGAAAAGAAAAAGCUUUCGUCGGUAUUCGCAACGAUGGGCAGCAUGGGAGAGUAUCAACAGGACCCGAUGACGCUGGUCGAAACGUUGCCGUGCGGUUCGGGUGGUCUCGCUUUUCCGCGCACCUUCGAUCCGACGGCACACGAUCUGGACAGUUCGUUUCGGUUGACGCGAUACGCCGACUUGAAGGGCCGCGGGUGCAAGGUUCCGAAGGAUGUGCUCGAGAAGCUGGUGUCGGCGCUGCAGCACGAUUACCUGCAGGACCCGGACCAACCGUACCUUUCGAUGGCCUCACCGAGGAUCGGCAUCGGGCUCGAUUGCUCCGUCAUACCGUUGCGGCACGGUGGCCUCUGUAUGGUGCAAACCACCGAUUUCUUCUACCCGAUCGUCGACGAUCCGUACAUGAUGGGCAAGAUCGCUUGCUCGAACGUCCUGAGCGAUCUUUACGCGAUGGGAGUGACCGAGUGCGACAACAUGCUGAUGCUUUUGGCCGUCAGCACGAAGAUGCACGAAAAAGAGCGCGACGUCGUCAUACCGAUAAUAAUGCGCGGUUUUAAGGAUGCGGCAGCCCACGCAGGAACAAGUGUAACCGGUGGCCACAGCGUCGUAAAUCCGUGGUGCACGAUAGGCGGGGUGGCGACCACGAUUUGCCAGCAGAAUGAGUUCAUCGUGCCGGAUAAUGCCGUCGUCGGCGAUGUGCUGGUGCUGACGAAGGCCCUUGGCACGCAGGUGGCCAUCAGUGCGCACCAGUGGCUUGACCAGUCGGAGCGAUGGAACCGUAUCAAGCUGGUGGUGUCGGAAGAAGACGUACGCAAGGCUUACGUGCGAUCGAUGGACUCCAUGGCCCGGCUGAACCGUGUAGCGGCCCGCCUGAUGCACAAGUACAAUGCCCACGGUGCCACCGACGUCACCGGGUUCGGGCUGCUGGGACACGCGCAAACCCUCGCCUCGCACCAGAAGAACGAGGUUUCGUUCGUUAUCCACAAUCUGCCGGUGAUUGCCAAGAUGGCGGCGGUGGCGAAGGCCUGCGGUAACAUGUUUCAGUUGCUGCAGGGCCACUCGGCCGAAACGUCCGGAGGUUUGCUAAUUUGUUUGCCGCGCGAACAGGCGGCCGCUUACUGUAAGGACAUCGAGAAGCAGGAAGGCUACCAGGCGUGGAUCAUCGGAAUCGUGGAGAAGGGUAGCCGUACGGCCCGAAUCAUUGACAAACCGCGGGUCAUCGAGGUUCCGGCAAAGGAUUAAAAGGGUUUUUGGCGAGAAGUGUCAUAGCGGCCGUCAGUGCGGAUGAUUCCAGCGACAAAGCGAUGCUCGACGAUGAGGACGUGAUUUCGGUAUUUUAAAAGGACUUAUUUUAACGAGCGAUUGGUGGAAUCGAUCAGAAAUUCGAUUGCCGCGGAAAGAACGUAGCGUCAAGCUACUGAAUGCCCGUCAUAUUUUUUCGUUAUACGAAACAAUCAUACUAACAAUACACAACCCUGUGCAGAUAUGCUAACUGAAGGAGAGACGAAUGGAUGAUUCGCGUAACAUUGAUUAUGUUUUAUGUGCUAAACGAAAUGAAAGCUAAUAAAAGAGCUAAUUUAA